UAACAUCUCCUUCCUGAGUGGCUACUAUAAGCAAGAUGGCACUGAUGACCACCCGUUCAUCUGCUCAAUGGACAGAGAGAACGGGAUGCUUCGAUGUUCAGAUGUUCCUCGCCGCCGUGUGGGCAGGACUUACUGCCUCCUGAGUCCUGAGGAGGCCCGGACAGAGGAGGGACUCAGAGGAGACGAUUCGGGGUCAUGUGUGAACUGGUACCAGUAUUACAACGAGUGUUUGACCGGGGAAGUAAACCCACACAAAGGAGCUAUUAACUUUGACAAUAUUGGAUAUGCAUGGAUUGCCAUUUUUCAGGUGAUCACUCUGGAAGGUUGGGUGGACAUCAUGUACUACGUCAUGGAUGCACAUUCUUUCUACAACUUCAUCUACUUUAUCUUCCUCAUUAUAGUGGGCUCCUUCUUCAUGAUCAAUCUGUGCCUGGUCGUCAUAGCAACCCAGUUUUCUGAAACAAAGCAGAGGGAACACGCCUUAAUGAAAUCGGAGCAGCGGGCCCGGCAGCUCCACCAAUCGGCUUCUACGCUGGCCAGUGACAGCCAACCAGGGAGCUGCUACGAGGAGAUCAUCCGCUACCUGGGGCACCUGGGCCGAAAGGCGUGGCGGCGUCUGGGCCGUUGCGUCACUGGGACACGAAAUCACUUCCACUGCGUGUGUCAGAAAGACCCUGGAGGCGGAGCCACCAGGGGGGGCGGAGCUGGGGAGAUGAACGGACUCGCUAACCGGCACUCGGGCCAUGUUCCCAACGACCUGUCACACCUUCAUCAGCUUUAUCACCAGCAUCACCAGCAUCAUCAUCAUCACCACCAGCAGCCCCCCCAGCCUCAGCAGGAGCCUGAGGUGAGAAACGGAGGGAAUGGUUUUAAUUAUCCCUUCAUAUCGCCCCUCCUCAGCCACCUGGAUGCAAAGGCCCGGGACAAGAAGAGGCUGGUUGCCAAGGAGACUGUCAACAGACUCCCACAGCUGGAGCUGGAGCAUGGUGAGAACCAAGGGGAUGUCGUCUAUGGACAAGAAGGCUUUUGGGAAAUUGGGGCUCCAGGCUGUUUGCUAUUACACGGUUACAACCCUCAUAUCUGUGUUCAUCGGUUCAUCGGCAUCGUCCUGGUUGGGAAAUCACACGGGAACGCCUCAGCGCCCCCUGGUGGCGAGGUGGAGGCUGUGCAGACUGUGGAUGCCUUUUUGGAUCUCAUGAGAUGA